UCGCGGGGUCCCAGGCUACGGCCACCCGCUCCGGCGAGCCCGACUGCCAGCAGCGCUCUCGCCCGGCCCGAGCCCCUGCAGCUGGCGGCCACCCCCGGAGCGGGAUGAGCAGACCCGCCGCCGCGGCGGGGCCUGAUGGAGGAGCCGCCGCCGCCCCGCCCGCCGAUGAGCCCGGCCUGGCCGGGCAGCCCAGCCCCCGGCGCCCCCUCCCCGGCCGGCGGCCCUGGUGGCUCUUCGUCCACGGCGCCGGCGGCGGCCGUGCUCUCCUUCAGCACCGUGGCGACCGCGGCGGCCGCGGCGCUGGGGAACCAGAGCGACGGGAGCGGGGCCGGCAGCGUUGGCGCCCCGGCUGGCGGCGGCCCCGGAGGGCACGGGGCGGGGGCGGCGGCGGCGGCGGCGGGGAGGCCCCCGCUGGGCCCCGAAGCGGCGCCGCUGCUGUCGCAUGGGGCGGCGGUGGCGGCCCAGGCGCUCGUCCUCCUGCUCAUCUUCCUGCUGUCUAGUCUGGGCAACUGCGCCGUGAUGGGGGUGAUCGUGAAGCACCGGCAGCUCCGCACCGUCACCAACGCCUUCAUCCUGUCCCUGUCCCUGUCGGACCUGCUCACGGCGCUGCUCUGCCUGCCCGUCGCCUUCCUGGACCUCUUCUCGCCGCCCGGGGGCUCGGCACCCGCCGCCGCCGCCGCCGCGGGGCCCUGGCGCGGCUUCUGCGCCGCCAGCCGCUUCUUCAGCUCGUGCUUCGGCAUCGUGUCCACGCUCAGCGUGGCCCUCAUCUCGCUGGACCGCUACUGCGCCAUCGUGCGGCCGCCCCGGGAGAAGAUCGGGCGCCGCCGCGCGCUGCAGCUGCUGGCGGGCGCCUGGCUGGCGGCGCUGGGCUUCUCCCUGCCCUGGGAGCUGCUCCGCGCGCCCCGGGAGCCGCCGGCGGCGCAGAGCUUCCACGGCUGCCUGUACCGGACCUUCCCGGACCCUACGCAGCUGGGCGCGGCCUACAGCGUGGGGCUGGUGGUGGCCUGCUACCUGCUGCCCUUCCUGCUCAUGUGCUUCUGCCACUACCACAUCUGCAAGACCGUGCGACUGUCGGACGUGCGCGUGCGGCCCGUGACCACCUACGCGCGCGUGCUGCGCUUCUUCAGCGAGGUGCGCACGGCCACCACCGUGCUCGUCAUGAUCGUCUUCGUCAUCUGCUGCUGGGGGCCCUACUGCUUCUUGGUGCUGCUGGCCGCAGCCCGGCAGGCCCAGGCCGCGCAGGCCCCCUCGCUCCUCAACGUGGUGGCUGUCUGGCUGACCUGGGCCAGUGGGGCCAUCAACCCUGUCAUCUAUGCCAUCCGCAACCCCAACAUUUCGAUGCUCCUAGGGCGCAACCGGGAAGAGGGCUACCGGACUAGGAAUGUGGACGUUUUCCUGCCCAACCAGGGCUCGGGGCUGCAAGCCAGAAGCCGCAAUCGCCUUCGAAACCGCUAUGCCAACCGGCUUGGGGCCGGCAGCAGGAUGUCCUCUUCCAACCCGGCCAGCGGGGGCGGAGGGGACGUAGCCAUGUGGGCUCGCAAAAAUCCAGUUGUGCUUUUCUGCCGGGAGGGGCCGCCAGAGCCUGUAACAGCAGUGGCCAAACAGACUAAAUCCGAAGCCGUGGAUACCAGCCUCUGAGAAGGGUUGGAAUGCCCCGCUUGUGAAGGCAAAUUUUCACCCGCUUUGUUUAAUGACACCGAAUUCCGCGGAGAAUCGUGUAUUUCAUAAAGCCAAACACCUAAAAAAGAGACAAAGGCGGAGGCUUGCCACUUCCUCUAACAACAUACAGGACAAUGUCUGCAUCUUCAAAAGUGCCAAAAGGACUGUAAGAUGCAAAAAUUAAAACAAUCUUAAACCACACAACCAUGCAUUGUGAACUGUAAGUGCCAAAAAUGACAAAAAUAAAAAUCACAAUUACUGAAAAGCUCAUAUUACUGGAAUCACACUGUGAAACAAACAAACAAAAAUUAUUUGAAUGCAACCUGUACUUGGUCAAAUACACUGUACAUAGUGUUUUAGGAAAGAAUGGAGACCCUGAGAAUUGCUUGAAGCCCCUCUAAAUCACCAGCAUUCAGCAAAACUUCAGAUUUCCAGAACUUGCCCCUCCGACACGUGCUGUGGGUGCUUAGGCUGGAAGGGGGUGAUUCCUGGC